AUGGCUAUUUCACGGUUAUUUUAUUUUUCUGGGAACAUCGGCGCAGAGGCACAGGCAGCCGGGAACAUUGCCUCCGGGGAACAAGUGUACCGGGAAUCAACAUGCCUAAUGGACCCCGGGGAGCACUGGCACUCGGGAUCACAGACACCGGGGAACAUAUAUACAUCAUGCGCGGUCCGGGAACAAGGGUACCGGGGAGUACGGGCCGGGAAUGGUACCCUGGGGAACAAUGGCCUAAUGGGUACCGGGAGCACUGGUACCGGGGACAAGACACCGGGGAGCCAUGGGUUACCGGGAAACAGGGUACGGGGAUCAUGGUACCGGGGAUCAUGGGUACAGGGGGAACAAGGGUACCGGGGAGCAUGGGUACCGGGGAACAAGGGUACCGGGGAGCAUGGGUACCGGGGAACAAGGGUACCGGGGAUCAUGGGUACCGGGGAUCAUGGGUACCGGGGAUCAUGGGUACCGGGGAUCAUGGGUACCGGGGAUACCGGGCAUGGUACCGGGGAUACAUGGGUACCGGGGAACAAGGGUAGGCGGGAUCAUGGGUUACCGGGGGUCAUGGGUACCGGGGAUCAUGGGUACCGGGGUACCGGGGGCAUGGUUACGGGGAUCAUGGGUACCGGGGAGGGUACCGGGAAGCAUGGGUACGGGGAACAAAGGGUACCGGGGGAGCAUGGGUACCGGGGAUCAUGGUACCCGACAUGGGUACCGGGGAUCAUGGGUACGGGGAUACGGGGAGUAUGGGUACCGGGGAGUAUGGGUACCGGGGAGUAUGGGUACCGGGGGUACCGGGGUCAUGGGUACGGGAACAUGGGUACCGGGGAUCAUGGGUACCGGGGAUCAUGGGUACCGGGGAUCAUGGGUACCGGGGAUCAUGGUACCGGGGAUCAUGGUACCGGGGAUCAUGGGUACGGGGAUCAUGGGUACCGGGUCGGGUACCGGGGCAAGGGUACCGGGGAGCAUGGGUACCGGGGAACACCGGUACACUCCCUUAGAACCCUUGCCGUUAAAUUAACAACUAUGCCUAAAAGUUUCCUUUACUCUACAACCAUUAGAUUAUAUGUAGAACAGAAAGCCAUUGGCUAUAAAAAAAAAUAA